GCAGGCGCGACCCGCGAGCGUGCGGUGUCUCGAGGCUUCCGCGCUACCGGCGUUUAGAAGCUCGGAGGUUUGCGGCCUGCGUUCGGCGGUCUCCAGCCGCGCACUACCUGAGGCAGCGAGCCGAGCCUCCCGCGCCCUGGGCAGUGUGGCCAUGGAGAAUCAGGUGCUGACGCCGCACGUCUACUGGGCUCAGCGACACCGCGAGCUGUAUCUGCGCGUGGAGCUGAGUGACGUGCAGAACCCUGCCAUCAGCAUCACUGAAAAUGUGCUGCAUUUCAAAGCUCAGGGACAUGGUGCCAAAGGAGACAACGUCUAUGAAUUUCACCUGGAAUUCUUAGACCUUGUGAAGCCAGAGCCAGUGUACAGACUGACCCAGAGGCAGGUAAACAUUACCGUACAGAAGAAGGUGAGUCAGUGGUGGGAGAGACUCACCAAGCAGGAGAAACGCCCAUUGUUUUUGGCCCCUGACUUUGACCGCUGGCUGGACGAAUCUGAUGCAGAAAUGGAGCUCAGAGCCAAGGAAGAAGAACGCCUGAAUAAACUCAGAUUGGAAAGCCAAGGCUCCCCUGAAACUCUUACAAGCUUGAAGAAAGGAUACCUGUUCAUGUAUAAUCUUGUGCAGUUCUUGGGAUUCUCCUGGAUCUUUGUCAACCUGACUGUGCGGUUUUUUAUCUUGGGAAAAGAGUCCUUUUAUGACACAUUCCACACCGUGGCUGACAUGAUGUAUUUCUGCCAGAUGCUGGCAGUUGUGGAAACUAUCAAUGCAGCAAUUGGAGUCACUAAGACACCAGUGAUCCCUUCUCUUAUCCAGCUUCUUGGAAGAAAUUUCAUUUUGUUUAUCAUCUUUGGCACCAUGGAAGAAAUGCAAAACAAAGCUGUGGUUUUCUUUGUGUUUUAUAUUUGGAGCACAAUUGAAAUUUUCAGAUAUCCCUUCUAUAUGCUUUCCUGCAUUGACAUGGAUUGGAAGGUGCUCACAUGGCUUCGUUACACUGUGUGGAUUCCCUUAUAUCCACUGGGAUGUUUGGCAGAAGCCGUCUCAGUGAUCCAGUCCAUUCCAGUGUUCAAUGAAACAGGAAGAUUCAGUUUUACAUUGCCAUAUCCAGUGAAAAUGAAAGUUAGAUUUUCCUUUUUUCUUCAGAUUUAUCUUAUAAUGUUAUUUUUAGGGUUAUACAUAAAUUUCCGCCACCUUUAUAAACAGCGCAGGCGGCGCUAUGGACAAAAAAAGAAAAAGGUCCACUAAAAAGAGAGCUUUACAUGGCUUCUUGCCAGUUCGAGCCUAAUCUACGAAUCUUACAGUUUUACCCUCUUACACUGAUGUAACAGUUUUUUAAAAGUUAAAUGAUUAAAUUCUUGGUGAGGCUAUCUUCCUUUUCCCCAGUAACAUUCCCGAAUUUACUGUAUUAUCUUAGUGUAGUAUUUGCAUGACAUGGAUUCCUGAUAUCUGAUGACAGGUUCAUUCUUGUGUAUUCAGUUAAUGACAGCAAAAUGCUCAGCCCCACCCCCACCUCACUUCAUGUCCAGUCAGUUUCAUACAUGCCAGAGGUAUUUUUUUAGUGCUCUAUUCCUGUAAAGUACCGACCAUUCUUACAGUUGGGAUUUGUUCUUUUCAUCUAUUGCUUGUGAAAAAAUCCAAGACUGUAUUGUUCUGUAAAAGGCUAUUAAAAGUGACUCAUGCAGGUCCUAAUAUAUUCUGUCCCCAAGGGGUUACUUGUUUAGUGGGGUGGCUCUGACUUUUUGAAAGUCAAGUAGACUCAGUCAUUGAUGAAACCUUUCUAAGAGUGGGUCUAGAGGACAUGUUUUACAUGUGAUAUAUUUUGGCCUAACAUCUAUUACUACAGUGCUUAGUAGUGUGGGCAUUGAUUGGAGAGGCACAGAGAAACCAAGUAGAACCUUGGAACACUGUGAUCAUUUCAUUCCUAGCUAAAUAAGAACUAUUUUUUAACACUAAAGAAAGAUGAAACAUUAUUUAGGAAACAGUAAGAUUAUAAGAGUUCAAAACUCAAAUGGCUACAGAGGUCAGAAGGGAACACGAGUAUGUGGAUUAAAUUGGCAGUAAUAAAGCUGCUGGUGAUGCAGCCUGUGACAAACUGGAAACUAAAAUUAGAGUAGGCCAGACUACAAUAGGUUAAACACACCAAGUCAGUCUUUCUUCCCCUGUACUGUCCAUUUACCUGUGUACUUGUUCGAGUGAGUGGUGGAACUGUACAUUUUAAAAUAGACCUUAAAAAUACGUGCUUUUAUUCUGCUGUGUUAGAUUGGCUUUUACCUGUCUGCAGUAGGAUACUGAAAACAGAGUGGGAACAUUGGGUGGAAAACCACCAGAUUUUUUAACAAGGAUUCCUGGUAAAAAUCCCAGCAAAAGGGAAACUGAAAAAAAUCUAGACAUGAUAGGCCAUUGUAAAAAACAUCAGUUUCCUCUAUUACAUUCCAAGUAAACUAAGUAAAAUCAGUGUUAGAAGUAACACUUGUAUGAAAGAAUUUAAGGCAUAAUAGCUCUUUCUGUUCUGCCAUUCCUAUUGUUCCUAGGGGAAAGGAGACUCAACGAGUUAAUGCUUUUUCACUGAGCCCAAGAUGGAAACUUGGUUGACCUAAAACAUGAUUGGCAUAGGCUGGCUGAUUUUUUAAAAUUCAUUGCACUGAAGGGUAUUUUGCAUGUUUGUAACUUCUGUCAACACUUGUUUGUAUUGACUUCUGAUGUUCUUUCAGCUGACUGUAAUUGGGCAGAUCAGCACUGCAGCAGAUUAUACUGCAUCAUUGUGGUAAAAUUCUGUAUUCUUAGUAAUUGUUACGGACCCCUUUACUGCUGUCUGAGAAAGUGAAGGAUUGUGUUUCUAUUAAAACAUUUACAGUUAAAAUCCUA